AUGUCUCUUUCUUUCUUUUUUCUCUCUCUUUCUUUGAAAUGGAAGAUCAGAUUAGCAUCAGUCCCAAGCCAUUGCUACCAAUUCUUCCAUAAUGGCAGCCCCGGGUAAUCCUCUUACCCGGCAGGAAGUCGUUCAUCCGCUGCGGAGUUCCUCCAACUCCCCACUAUCACUGCAUGAUGUCGGCCUUUUCAAAUCGACGAUACUGCCAUCAUUUACCCUUCAUUCAGGUCUCUCCGCAACCAGCUAUGUUAUAGCGCGAGCGACCGAUCGCCUUGAGAUCAAGGACUGGCUGUGGCCGUUGGCCCCCGUCAUCAAUGCCUGGUGGAGCAGUGUCGGUCGCGCUCUCUACUACAGCGAUGUCUCUCUCAAGGUUGCUUGGGAAUCGCUCUCCUGGUCUGAGAAGUUGCUCCUUGGAGGUGUCACCACCUGGGGGCUGAGACUGUUCUACCGCAUCGCAUCGCGGAGCAUCGCCCGCGGCAAAGAUGACCCUCGCUAUGAACAGGACAAGAAACAGCCCGGUUUCUGGAACAAGGCCUUCUUCACCCAAUUCCUGCCGGAAAUACUCUUCCAGACCGCCAUAACCCUCCCAUUCACUGUUCCGUUCCGCGUUCUGGACCGCCCCGUUUCUCUGGAUGCGGACGUUCUGAAUGUACUGCGUGGAAUCGCCGUUGGUCUCUUCAGUGCGGGCUUGGCUCUGGAGACAUUGGCCGACUCGCAGGUCUCUUCCUACCGGAAGGUGCAUGAUGGCCUGUGCCGUGAUGGUGUUUGGAGCAUCGUGAGACAUCCCAACUACCUUGGUGAUACUCUCGUUCACCUUUCUUUCCCACUGCUUUGCGCCAGUGGGCCAUUCCACCCCAUCACUGUCGUGGGACCGCUGGCAAACUACGUCUUCCUCCGUUACAUGGGCGGCGACAAGGGCACCGAAGAAUACCAGGAAAAGCGCUACAAGACCGAGGACGCACCCAAGUACGUCGAGCUUCAGGAGUACCGCCGCGAGAAGAACAGCUUCUGGCCUUCGUUCUCCGAGCUGAAGAAUCCAUGGACCUGGAAGAUCGUGGGCUUCGGUCUUGCUGGUGUCGCUGCCGAGGAGAUUGCCCGCGCAUUGUACACCCCAUAAAUCAAGGUACAUACAUACUUCAUGCUAUUUGAAAUAAGGGAUAUAUGUUAUUUUCGUGUAUUGUAUGUAUAUACAGUACAAC